AUGCAGUGGUUUCGGGCGCUAUUCCUCCCUGCCGCCGUGCUUGGUGCAGUCUGCCCGUAUCACAACUACACGGUCGGCAACAUUCUCGUUGCGGAUGGAUUGUGUUCGCCGUCCGCACCCAUCUGCAGCGUCAACACGUCCUGCGUUCGAUCGUCCAAGCAAGUGCCGCAAGACGCAACCAACCUCACGGGCUUCAUUGGUCUCGGUAAUCUGACCAUGUUUCCAUAUCAGGAGCUGGCACUCUACAAUGCGUCGACGAUGUGGGUUGAAGAUUUAGUGCUGCCAACUUCGCUUCUCAAGCUGGGGUUUUCCAACAUUUCGGACAUUUAUCUGGACGAAUUUGCACCGGCGGCAAUUGCCCACCUUACAGCCAUGGCCUUCAUAACGUGCAACUUGGGUGUGAUUCCGCUCAACUUUCAAUGGCCACCGGGUCUACAAGAGCUGAUUCUCGUCGACAAUGCGUUCCAAACGAUCCCGAAAGCACUGCCCAUGACGCUGCACACGCUAGCCUUCCAAUCCAACGCGCUCACGGACCUCUUCUACCUCCCCACGAACCUUACUUUCUUGAAUUUGGACUCAAACCUUCUCGAUGAAGUCGUCGACCGCAACUGGAACCAGCUAACUCUCUUGCGCCUCGAUAACAACCCCAUCGCGACAAUUGCGGGUGUCCACCUCUCAAAGAGCCUCCAGUUCUUGUACUCUCUUGACUCAAAUGACGACGAAUUCUAA